UUUGGCUUUUAUUAUUUUGUCAUAAUUUUGACGUUUUCCGACGCAGAAUCGCUUUUGUAGCAGACCAUCUUUUUUCUUGUUCUGAAAGUUUUUGGCUUGGUUUAUUGUAGCAAAACGUGAACAAUCUUCAUUAGAAUUACGUCAUAGUUAAUUUGUUGAGUGCAUUUUAAUCAGACAGCCGACUAUGGAUCCGCCAAAAGAACCGUCAAAGCCGGGACUCGAGGUGGAGUCCGAUGCAGCAUUGGCCGCAUCUGCUGCUAAUGCAGUGGAACAAUGGCGUACGUACCAGAACGCAUAUGCUCUAUAUCAACAGCAGCAAGCUGCUUACGACUUGUACAUGCAAAAGCAAACCACUGUAACUAGCUACGAGGAACAGCAGGCAGCUUACAGUCAAUACCUUGAAGCACACAACAACUAUCAGAAGCAAUUGGAACUGUAUGAACAGCAAAAAGCGUAUCAAGAAUUUUACUCUGGAGCGAAUGGCACAGCUGCUGCUGUUUUCUACCCGACUACUACGGAAUUUCAGCCAGUCCCUGUGGCAAUGCCACCGGUUUUUACCACACCGUUGGCUCACGUAGAUGCUUACUACCACAAAGGAAACGACCAUCGUCGCGAUCCUUCAUCAUUAAAACAUCGUUCUGACGUAUCCAAACGCUCAAAAGCGUAUACUGCUACAAAUUAUUACGCUAACCCAGAAGACGAACAGAUGUUUCCGGUGGAAUUGAAAGCAUUAUUCAAGGAUCUAGAUUGUGGUCUGUGCAAAUGCAAAAUGAAUUCGCAUAUAUCUGCCAAUGUGCACUAUCAGUCGAAAGUACACGAAAAGAAAAUCAUCCAAUGGCUUAAGGACUGGUGUGAACGCACCGGAACUCCUAUGCCAUACCGGGCGCGCCGUAAGAUGGUACAGGUGGAACCCGUUGGCCCUAAUUCGUUGCGUUGCGAAGCAUGCGAUUUGCCACUGACGUCGAUUCAACAUGCCAAUCAACAUUAUACCGGUAAACGACACCGAAUGGUUGUCAGCGGCAAGAAAACUCCAGCCGGUAAGGGCUUCUUCAACAAAGAUGGAACCUGGACUAGACGUAACCUAGCUCCUGACGAAAAUCCAGAACGUUUCGGCAUCGGUCAGACGUUUGUGAAGAAAUCCCACUACAGCCCUAAGGAUGCGAAACGAAUGCGCUUAGAGCCUCCACCAUCUCCACCGAAGGAACUUCUCGGUGAAACAAGCUAUGCUCCUGUGACGAACCCAGGCCCUACAGUUGUUCCAGCAACUGCAUCGAUAACGCCAACGUUUCCGCAACCAGUUUUUCCAAAACCGGUACAGAAAACUUUUGCUACGCCUGUGCUUGUUCCAAAACCACAACCAGUUAAAACAGUCGAAUCCGAGGUGCGGAAGAAGGAAAGUGCCGAUUGCGUUGACAACAGCGGUGUUUUCUGCAAGGUGUGCCAAAUUGCAGUCACUUCUGCGGCAGUAAUGGAAACUCAUUUGAAGGGUCUCAAACAUUUGAAAAAGUUGAAAUCCGUUGGUCGUUUACCUCCACCAUCUAGUGCUAAAGGUGGAUGCUCGGCUGAAAGUAUUUUGGCAAUAUUGACGAAUCCACAACCCCAGCAAAAUGACUGGUCACUGUAUCGUAUGCCUUCCGGUAAGUACUAUUGCAAAACAUGCAACUCAAUUAUGGCAGACGAAAAGUUGUUCUCGCAACAUUGGUACGGCAAAAAGCACAAACUAAAGGUUAAGCAAGAAAUGGAGGAGCUGUCUGGGACAGCCGACAAGAAACCGAAAGGUUUCUAUCGCCGUCCAUAUCCGAAGAAACCACACCAUGUAUAAUUAUGUUACAUGUAAUGAUGAACAAAAUAAUAGGGGAGAGUCGUUCGUAAUGGGACACUAAAACGUUGAUCAAUCUGUCUUACAAUUUCCCAUAAGCCGUAAGAAAACCUUGUCUUUGUUUUGCAUUUUAAAACAACUCCUUAUGCAUGUGCUUUAAUGAUAAGGGGGGAGGGGGUGUAAGAUUUUGUGACAGCAUAUUAGGUAUAGGAAAAACGUGACUAAGGGGUACACAGCAAAAAAAAAAUUGUUGAACAUUACAUUGUACGAUGUAAAUAUACAAUGCGAACAAAAUUACAUCCAUGGACGUAAUAUUGUAUCUGAUUUAUACUUUUUUUUUGCUGUGUGGAUUUUUCCUCAGCUUAGCGUGACAUAAUUAACACAAGUAACCUUGUCAUACUAUCAUAAUCUCAGUUUUUUUAUAUAUGUAAUAUGAAAAAUCGUAGAUUCAUAAAAAAAAACUGCAUUAGGUAUAUGAGUGAAUUCAAAGUUCAUUGCUCCUGCUGUCUACCUUCCCCUAUACUAGAUUUUUUCAAUGUCUCAUGCGAAUCUUUCAUUCUACGUAACCUAAUAAUCAAUAUUUGAUCAAUAAAUGUGUGAAAAUGAGUUAU